AUUAUAUCUUCUCUCUCUUUUUCUCUCUUUCUCUAUGCUCUGUCGCUGUAAGGGAGAGAGCUUCAUCGAAACAGAUCUCUAUUCCAUCCAAACCCCAGCACUUCUCGUCUUCUCCUCCAAAUUCUCAUCAGUUUCUCGUUCAGUUUCUCCUCCUCCUUAAUUUCUUCUCUUUAUCUCUUUUAGAUUCAUCCGAUUGUUUCCUGAGAAGGAAAAAGGAAAAAAAAAAACGGAAGAAAGGAAAGGUGCAGGUCCAAUUGUUCUCUUUGUUGGUGAAAAUUGAGUUUGCAAUUAGGGUUUAUGGGUGUUUUGGGAAUUAGGUUUUCCAUGUGAAAUCGAGGUUGUUAAGCGUUCCCCAAUUGGAAGAACGAAUAACUGAGCGUUUUUUUCUUUUCUUUAUGUCGAUGAGAAGGGAUUGAUUGAUUAGAGAAAAUAUGAUAAUCAAGCGCAACCUUAAAUCCCAAAUGCCGAGUCUAAAACGGUGCAAACUCGGCGACUCGGUUGGUGAAGACGAAGAUAACUCGGGUACAACUCGCAAGAAGCAAAAAAUCAACGGCUAUUAUCCUCUAACGCUCCUUGGGGAGGUCGCCGCUGGCAUAAUUCCGGUCAGCCUCCAUCGUAUUAUCGCCUCUGGCCAGGCCGAGAAGGCUUUCGCGGCCUCAUGGUGCACCGAAGUCUCGUGCUCCCCUGGUGAAGUGGAGUCCAAAUCCAAGGGCUCAGAUUCGUCCAAGGCCAAGAAUCGAACGGUGGAGAUUGCUCGGCCACCGCUGGUGAGGACAUCGAGAGGGCGAGUUCAGGUACUUCCUUCACGGUUUAACGAUUCUGUUAUUGAGAAUUGGAAGAAAGAAAGUAAAACUAGCUUGCGUGAUUAUAGUUUCGAGGAUGAUGACGACGAUGAUGAUUUUGAGUGUAAAAAGGAUAAAUUCAGUUUUAAAACACCUAAAACUUGUAAGCAAAACCAAAAAAAUCGGCGGAAUGAAGAGAAGAAUGGUUAUAAAGGGAGAAAGUAUGCUACAUUGUGUGAGGAAGAUCAAAGAGAAGCCGGGCAUGGUAGGACUUUUGAUAUUAGGAAGUACUCAAGUUCGCUGAGUUCGUUAACGUCAGUACAUGAGCAAUUCGUUGAUGAGGAUGAGAAGUAUGCAAAUGGGGUGGGCAUUGUUGAUUUAACAGCUGAAGAGCAACUUUUGCGGGAGAAUGGUGAGAGGAAAGAUGGGUUGUAUGGACCAGAGGAUUUUUAUUCGGGGGAUAUAGUAUGGGCAAGGCCUGGGAAGAGGGAGCCAUUUUGGCCAGCUAUUGUUAUUGAUCCAAUGACACAAGCGCCUGAAGUGGUUUUGAGGUCUUGCAUACCUGAGGCUGCUUGUGUGAUGUUCUUCGGGCAUUCUGGGAAUGAGAAUCAAAGGGAUUAUGCAUGGGUCAGGCGGGGCAUGAUUUUCCCAUUCGUAGAUUUUCUAGACAGGUUCCAUGAGCAGCGUGAAUUGAACAGGUGCAAGCCUAGCGAUUUCCAGCUGGCAAUGGAGGAGGCUUUUCUGGCAGAACAAGGGUUUACGGAGAAGUUGAUACAUGACAUAAACAUUGCAGCUGGGAAUCCAACUUAUGAUGAAACUGUUCUUAGAUGGGUUCAGGAGGCUACUGGUUCAAACCAGGAUCAGGAUUAUCACCUUCCUAACCAGGGCUUGCUUGGGAAACAUAACGAUGCGAGACCCUGCGAAGGCUGUGGCAUGAUCCUCCCAUUUAAAAUGGGAAAGAAAAUGAAAACAUCAACUCCUGGAGGCCAAUUCUUGUGUAAAACAUGUGCUAGGUUAACUAAAUCAAAACAUUAUUGUGGCAUUUGCAAGAAGAUUUGGAAUCAUUCAGACAGUGGGAGUUGGGUGCGGUGUGAUGGUUGUAAAGUUUGGGUGCAUGCAGAGUGUGACAAAAUUUCCAGCCAUCAUUUUAAGGAUCUGGGGGCCACUGACUAUUACUGUCCUACUUGCAAAGCAAAAUUUAACUUUGAAUUAUCAGAUUCAGAGAAGUGGCAGCCAAAAGCUAAAUCAAACAAGAACAAUGGUCAGUUAGUUCUGCCUAACAAGGUUGCUGUUCUCUGCUGUGGCGUUGAAGGCAUAUAUUACCCAAGCCUCCACUUAGUUGUGUGCAAGUGUGGGUCAUGUGGAUCUGAGAAGCAAGCACUUAGAGAAUGGGAAAGACACACUGGUUCCCGAGAAAGAAAUUGGAGGAUUAGUGUGAAGGUGAAAGGUUCCAUGCUACCAUUAGAACAAUGGAUGCUUCAGUUGGCAGAGUACCAUGCAAAUGCUACUGCCUCUAGUAAACCUCCUAAACGACCAUCAAUACGAGAGAGGAAGCAGAAGUUGCUUGCUUUUUUGCGGGAAAAAUAUGAACCAGUACAUGCUAAGUGGACAACUGAACGGUGUGCUGUAUGUAGAUGGGUUGAAGAUUGGGACUACAACAAAAUUAUUAUCUGCAACAGAUGUCAGAUUGCUGUGCAUCAAGAAUGUUAUGGUGCAAGAAAUGUACGGGAUUUCACUUCAUGGGUUUGUAAAGCUUGUGAAACACCCGAAGUUACACGAGAAUGUUGCCUUUGUCCGGUCAAAGGAGGUGCUUUGAAGCCCACUGAUGUUGAGACGUUGUGGGUUCAUGUUACUUGUGCUUGGUUUCAACCUGAAGUAUCUUUUGCAAGUGAUGAAAAGAUGGAGCCUGCUCUUGGAAUCUUGAGUAUUCCAUCAAAUUCCUUUGUGAAGAUUUGUGUUAUUUGCAAGCAAAUUCAUGGUUCUUGCACACAAUGUUGUAAGUGUUCCACAUAUUACCAUGCCAUGUGUGCAUCAAGAGCUGGUUACCGCAUGGAGUUGCAUUGCUUGGAGAAAAACGGCAGACAAAUAACAAAAAUGGUGUCGUAUUGCGCUUAUCACCGUGCUCCCAAUCCAGACACUGUUUUAAUCAUACAGACCCCUCUGGGCGUCUUCUCUGCCAAGAGCCUUGCUCAAAAUAAGAAGAAGACUGGGUCAAGGCUAAUUUCAUCAAGCAGAAUGAAAGUUGAAGAGGUUCCAACUGUAGAAACUACUAAUGUUGAGCCGUUUUCUGCUGCUAGGUGUCGAGUCUUUAAAAGAUCAAACAAUAAUAGAAAGAGAACUGAAGAGGAAGCCAUUGCCCACCGAGUAAUGAGACCUUGUCAUCAUCCUUUAAGCACUAUACAGAGUUUGAAUGAGUUCAGAGUUGUAGAGGAGCCUAAAGAUUUUUCAUCUUUCAGGGAACGACUUUACCACUUACAGCGAACUGAAAAUGACCGAGUUUGCUUUGGUAGAUCUGGAAUACAUGGGUGGGGCCUCUUUGCUCGUAGAAACAUCCAAGAAGGAGAAAUGGUUCUUGAAUACCGUGGGGAACAAGUGAGGCGAAGUAUUGCUGAUCUAAGAGAAGCACGCUACAGAAUAGAAGGAAAAGACUGCUAUUUGUUCAAAAUUAGCGAAGAAGUGGUGGUGGAUGCCACUGACAAAGGCAACAUAGCACGCUUAAUCAAUCAUUCGUGCAUGCCCAACUGCUAUGCAAGGAUUAUGAGUGUGGGUGAUGAAGAAAGUCGGAUCGUUCUUAUUGCUAAGACUAAUGUGUCUGCUGGAGACGAGCUAACGUACGAUUACUUGUUUGAUCCUGAUGAGCCAGAUGAAUUCAAAGUUCCCUGUCUAUGUAAAGCUCCAAAUUGUCGAAAAUUCAUGAAUUAGGAUACACACAGCAUCGCCAUUGUUUCUCCGCAAGGAUCACUAACCCAUUUCCCCACGCAAGGGGAAUUUUACAGUCAUUAUACACCAAAUUUGUAAUUUUUUUUUUUCUAGAAAAGAAAAUGUAUCUUUCUUUAUUAUCUUCCCCCCUCUUUUUUUUUUUUUCUUCACAAAUUGGAUGCUUAAUAAAACCAUAGAUUUGGCAGUUGCUUCUUGAAGCAUGUGUAUAUUUGUUAACCCUUGAUUCCAUCAUAGUUGAAUGCUAAUCCGUUUUUGUUUAUAUCAUCAGCGUAGGAGCUGACAAUUCUUUU